AUGCAUCUCCAGUUGGCAUUGGCGCUGCAGGUGGUUUGGACUGGCAUUUGCCAUGCAGCUAUUCAGAACUACCCCGCAGCUUGGGGUCACUACGAUGUGUGCAAGUCUCAGGUUUACUCAGACGAGGGUUUGACCUGGGACUACAUGGCCUGCCAGCCAGAGGCGGCAGACAUGACCCAGUUCCUGAAGGUUACCCUGGAUCCCCCCAACAUCACCUGUGGAGACCCUCCAGAGACGUACUGCGCCCUGGAGAAUCCCUACAUGUGUAAUAACGAAUGUGACGCCAGCACCGAGGAACUCGCUCACCCGCCGAAGCUCAUGUUUGACAUCGAGGGCCGAAACCCCACCACCUUCUGGCAGUCUACGUCCUGGAAAAAAUACCCCAAGUCCCUCUUGGUCAACAUAACGCUGUCUUGGAACAAGACCAUCGAACUGACCGAUGACAUCGUCAUCACGUUUGAGUCAGGCCGACCUGAGCAGAUGGUUUUAGAGAAAUCGCUAGACUACGGGCGAACCUGGCAGCCGUACCAGUUUUAUGCCACGGACUGCCUGGAUGCCUUCACCAUGGAACCCAAGACAGUGCAGGAGUUGACGCAGCACACCCUGUUGGACAUCAUCUGCACCGAGGAGUACUCCCGGGGAUACGUGUGGAAGUACGACAAAACCGUACGCUUUGAGAUCAAAGAUCGGUUUGCGCUGUUCGCCGGGCCGAGGCUCCACAACAUGGCCUCGCUUUACGGACAGUUGGACACGACCAAGAACCUGAGGGACUUCUUUACCAUCACAGACCUGAGAGUCCGGCUGCUUCGGCCUGCCACGGGGGCCACGAUGGUGGACGAGAGCAGUUUGUCCAGAUACUUCUACGCCAUUUCUGACAUCAAAGUUCAGGGAAGGUGCAAGUGCAAUCUCCACGCCAACAGCUGCGUGUACGACAAGGAGAAGCUGAGCUGCGAGUGCGAACACAACACCACCGGGCCCGACUGCGGGCGCUGCAAGAGGAACUACCAGGGCCGAACGUGGAGCGCCGGUUCCUACCUGCCCAUCCCCAAAGGCACCGCUAACAUCUGUAUUCCUAAUAGCAUUGGUCCAGUUAACUGUGAAUGCUUCGGCCACUCCAACCGAUGCAGCUACAUCCAGGUGCUAAACACCGUCAUUUGCGUGAGCUGUAAGCACAACACUAGGGGCCAGCACUGCCAGCUGUGCAAACUGGGCUUCUACCGCAAUGCCUCAGCAGAACUGGACGAUGAAAAUGUGUGCAUAGAGUGUAAUUGUAACCCCGUUGGCUCAGUCAGUGAUCGCUGUAAUGGCACAGGAUAUUGUAUAUGUAAGGAGGGCACUACGGGGCCCAAGUGUCAGGAGUGUCUACCCGGCUAUUUGUGGGACAAUGGCUGCAAAUCUCGGGUGUGUGACAACGAGCUCCUGCGCUGCCAGAACGGCGGGGUGUGUGAAAACAACGUCCACUGCAGCUGUCCCUCGGCCUACACGGGCCUGCUGUGCGAGAAGCCCCGCUGUGAGUCGGAGCUGGGGGGCUGCCGGGGCUCAGAGUCGGGACAGGCCCCCCUGACCCCCCCUUCCCUCUGCUGCCUGCUGACGCUGCUGACGCUGGGUUCGGCGCUCCUGAGAGAGGCCUCCUGCUGGCUUUGAGGAGACCUUAGUGGGGGUGACACGCCUCCCACCGCCUUCACCUUACCCC